AUGACGGAGCUGUCACGAGAGAUAGGAGAAAUCUGGUCAAGACUUUUCGACCACCGUCCAUUCCUAAAUGGAGAAAUAAAGUUUAUGUUGAAAGAGUUCGAGGAGAAGCGUGGUGAUAGAGAAGUUGAAAAUUUGUUUGCAAUUCUUGAAAAAUUAACAGACAUAAAAGACAGUCAAGUAGAGAAAAUAAAAAAGAGUGGUGAAGCAGGUCUACCAAUACUGGCAGAGAAGCUGGAACAAGCAUUGCAGCUCUGUGAAGAAGUUGAAAAGGGAUACCUUGACCACCAUCAGGUUAAUGAGGAGAAGCGCCAAGAAAACCAUGAGAAAAGACAGAAGGAAUGGGACCAGUUUAUUGAUGAUAUGAAUUUUAAAUGUCAAAGGAUUGACAACACAUUUGAAGAAAAAGAAGAAGAGCUUAGAGAUUUGUAUGCUGACCUUAAUCAUAAACUGAGUAUUGCUAAUAAUAAAGAUAUUGAAAAUCUACACAAAAUAAGAUCAGUGGUUAAUAAAGUAGAAGAAAGUGAAUUAGAGGAAAUUGAAAAUUUAACAGAAGAGGAUGAUAAGGUUAAAAAUAUAAAAAGUGAAGGGUCUGAAACAGAUUCCACUGAAGUAAAAGCUAAUUCAAAAAAUAGUUUAAAUAGUAAACCAAAGCCAAAAAAAGAUGAUUGUAAUAAAAAAAUGAAGAAAUCUAAAAGAGAUGAUAAAAAAAAUGAAAAUAAUAAUGAAGAAAAUAAAUUUCAUUUAAUAACUUCUGACAUUGACUGGUUAUAUGCACAUCUUCAAAAGCUAAAAAGUAGAGGUGAAAAGAAUGUUCCAUACUUACAUACAUUGUUAGAAGGAUCCCAGAUAGAAACUCCAGGAAAUGAAAUCUUAAAAAGAAAUCCUGUCCUUGAAGCGCGGUGUGUAAAACUUAGAGCUCAACAAGAAGCAAGAGAAUAUAGAAAAAUGACGAAAUCUGUGGAUAAUGUUAGGAUGAGGUUUCCAGAGGACAGUAUUUCCUACCAGUUGAAACAAGUUAACCGUCAGUUAAUUGCAAUUGGUCAGUUCAUAAUUUCAAUAUUUGCUGGAUUCCUUUUCGGAUUCAAAGGAGUGGAGUUGAUGAUUGGGUGGCUAGAUUUCGGAUUCAGACUACUACUAGGAGUUAUGUGUGCCUUGAUUAUCGCCCUAGCCGAAAUAUACUUUCUAGCAAAGAAGCUAAAUGAAGAAUUGAAUAUUCCAGAAACUGUUCAACUAGGCGGACCUACAAAAUUUGCAGAUGAGGAAAAGUAUGCACCAAAUAUGUCAAAAAAGGCAAUUGAAAAAGAACAUCAAGAAUAG